AAGGCCUACGAGAGGCUGACUCGCGGAUCUCGUGAGCGCCUGGCUGAGCUCAAGGUCGUGGAUUCAGCACACGAGCAGGCCCAAAACGCCCUUGGAAAGGGCGGAAAACUAAGACGAGACCCCAUUACUUCGGUGCAUCCUCUGGUGCGAACUCGUCCGGCAACGGGGGAGAAUGCGUUGUACAUCAAGCCUCAGUUGGCUCGCUUGAUAGUGGGGUAUGAAAAGAAGAGUGAUGUUCUUCUGAACUUUCUCUACCAUCAUAUGGCUUUGAGCCAGGAUAUUCAGUGCCGUGUCAAGUGGAGCGCCCGCUCCGUCGUUGUAUGGGACAACAGGGUGACGACACAUUCUGGUCUGGUGGAUUAG